UGUAGAUGGCGAUGAUAGCGAAAUUAUCGAUAUAGGAUAUUGUUACGUGUUACAUAACAAAAAGUUUUAGAAAGUAGUCUUCGACUUAUUUCGAAGUGUAAUUAUUCUUUUAAGUAGAAUUGAUUUAUUAUAUACGCAUUUACGUAUUUUAUUAGAAUCAUGGAUAAUAAACCACCAAAAUAUCAUACUUUUAUGGAACCUUUAUUUACAAGUCCAAUCACCGAUUACUUUGGAAUUUCACUUCAUGCUCAAUGUUAUUCAGCUUGUAAAGAUUUUGAAUUGCGCUUAGCUGAAUGUGUGGAAGCAUAUGGAUUUUUUAAAGGACAAGAGAAAUGUGAACCACUAAUUCUUGAUCUUGAUGAAUGUUUGUAUAAAGAGAAACGGAAACACAGACAAGAAAUAAUAAGCGGAGAAUUUCAACGUCAGAUAGAUGCUGGAGAAAGAAAACAUGAGAAAGCUCCAUUUCUUUUUUUCUUUUAGAAUUCAUAUAAUUAGUAUAUAUAUACAGACAUUAAUAAAAUAAAUAAAAUAUAUUAUUCAUAAUAAAUUACAUAAUUAAAAAAUAAUGUCAAUGGUGAUAAAUUAAAAAGAGUUGGUUAAUUUUUUUUAUUCUUUCUGUGAUUCCUAUAUUCCUAUAUUCUUAUUAUUUUAUAAUAAAUAUAUAUUCUUCGUUUUCUUUUGCA